UAGUAGAGUGCGGGGGUCAUAGGGUCAAGCAAUGCAAGGGUGUACUAAGGUUGUCAUAAAUCAAAUAAUUAUCUUUUAUCUACUAGUAUUAUUUAGGGAAGUAGAGACAAUAAAUAUCAAGAGAAGGGGAGCGUUAAUCUAUGUAUCAAAACUAUAGAUUAGAGAGUAAUUAUAAGAGUGGACAUUUGUGUAUUUCUUCAAUUUUUCUUUUCUUGUUGAGAAAGGGUAUGGAAAAGAGAAGAGGUCAAAAAGAGGGAAAGUUUCCCUCCAAGAAGGGUGAUGACGUGUACAAGUGCCGAAUAAAAACAAAACGCUUCCUUCCUUCCUCUCGUCACGCCCAUGAUUUUCGCUUAACCUCUUCUCUCUCAAUUGAACAAACACAUCAUCUCUCUCUCUCUCUCUCCCUAAAAAACAAUUGCAAUUUUAACAAUUAAUCAUACUCCAGAUCAAAAUCAAGGUUUCUGUGUACUCUCGAAUUCACGCUUCUUAUGAUCCGAGAUCGGCUGAAUUGAAUUUGAUCGGACAUUAGGAUUCAGUGACGCAUUUCAAUGGCAUGAAUGAAGAAGCAUCAAAGUCAUGGCUCCUACCAAAAACGCAGAAUCUUCUUCUUUACAGCCUUCUCCACAACAACAACAGAAUCAACAGCAGCAUAAUAACAAUCCUAAUGACCAACAAGACCUGGAGGCUCAUGGUGACACCUGUAGCAUUCCACAGUCUGGAAACUCAGACUCGCGUUCCCGUGGCGGCAACACGGUAUUCAAAAGUGGACCCUUAUCUAUAUCCUCAAAAGGGCUUGGGUGGACAUCUUGGAAGAAAAGAUGGUUUAUUUUGACGCGUACUUCACUCGUUUUCUUUCGGAGCGACCCGAACGCAGUCCAACAGAGAGGCUGCAGCGAGGUUAAUUUAACACUUGGGGGAAUUGAUCUCAACAAUUCAGGCAGUGUGGUUGUUAAGGCUGAUAAAAAGCUGUUGACUGUUCUCUUCCCUGAUGGCCGUGAUGGACGCGCCUUUACACUCAAGGCCGACACUAUGGAGGAUCUAAACGAGUGGAAAGCUGCUCUAGAAAACGCUUUGACACAAGCACCUAAUGCUUCUCAUGUUAUGGGUCAAAAUGGUAUCUUCACAAAUGAUCAUGCAGAUGCCCCUGUCAGUGUUGAAGAACAGAAAGACGAGACACCAACAAGAUCAACUGUCAUUGGAAAACCAGUUUUGCUUGCUCUAGAAGAUGUUGAUGGAUCCCCAUCUUUCUUGGAAAAGGCCCUUAGAUUUGUUGAAGAUCAUGGAGUCAAUACAGAAGGAAUCUUGAGACAAGCUGCUGAUGUUGAUGAUGUUGAACAUCGGAUUCGUGAAUAUGAGCAAGGGAGAAAUGAGUUCACUCCCACGGAGGAUGCUCAUGUUAUUGCUGAUUGUCUUAAGUAUGUUCUCAGAGAGUUGCCUUCUUCUCCGGUGCCUGCAUCUUGUUGCAACGCCCUUCUGGAAGCUUGCCGUUCUGACCGUGGCAAUAGAGUCAAUGCUAUGCGGGAAGCAAUUUGUGAAUCAUUUCCUGAACCAAAUCGACGCCUUUUGCAAAGAAUCCUGAUGAUGAUGCAAGUAGUGGCCUCUAACAAAAAUGUGAACCGGAUGAACACGAAUGCUGUUGCAGCGUGUAUGGCACCUUUACUUCUUCGACCUCUUCUGGCUGGCGACUGUGAAAUUGAAAAUGAUUUUGAUGUCGGCGGUGAUGGUUCUAUGCAACUUCUGCAAGCAGCAGCCGCAGCGAAUCAUGCUCAGGCUAUAGUGAUAACACUGUUAGAAGAAUAUGCCUGCAUAUUUGGAGAAGGUUCCUUAUCGCCCGGCUUGUAUUCCGACUCAGGAGAGAGUGGUAGUGGAACGGAGGUGGGGACAGAUGAUGAAGAGUAUGACGAUGAAUAUGAUGGCACACAGGGAUCUGAGGACUACACAGAUGAGGAAGAGGACCUUGAAAAUGAAUCAAAAGGAUCAUACAGUGAGAAUGCCGCCUCGGACGACAACCAUGGGAAUGAUAUUGAUCAUGAUGACCGUAAGGCACGGUCCUAUACUAAGGUAAAUGAUAAUCUAAGCUCUGAAUCAAAAACCCCAAAAGGAACUACGGAGCCCCAAGUUACUAAGAAGCUUUUAUCGAGCUCUAAACGAUCUUCACUACCACGGCAUGAUGAUGCAAAAAGGGAUGAAAAUCUCCUGGUCAAAGGUGCUGAUAAUGCAGAGGUAAAGACUGUUGCAGAGGUCUCAACAACUGAGGAUAAAAUCUCAUCAAUACCAGAUGUGGCAUCUGACAUUAAGAAACCGUCUACACUAUCCAGUCCACCUGGAGGAAGUAGUAAUAAGCGCUGGGGCCGUACCCCUGGGAAGAAAAACCUUUCGAUGGAAUCUAUUGAUUUCUCAGCGGAGGUGGAGGUGGACGAGGACGAUGCUGACAUUGAAAGACUCGAGUCAGCCAAAUCGGAGCUACAAAACAGUAUUUCAGAGGAGGUUAAAAAUAAUGCAGUUCUACAAGCUAGUUUGGAGCGACGGAAGAAGGCUUUGUACGUGAGGCGCGAAGCACUAGAGAAAGAUGUGGAAAGACUACAGGAACAGUUGCAGCUAGAGAGAGAUAAGAAAUCAGCCCUGGAAGCAGGACUGAAGAUGUCAAAAGGGAAUCAACCUAUUCCAGAAAUAGCUGAUGAAAAGUUGAAAAAAGAUCUGCAAGACGUUGCUCAGGCGGAGACUGAUAUCGCCAACUUGGAACAUAAGGUUGAUGAUCUUGAAAAUAGACUUAGUCAUCAGGACGCAAAAGCCUCUGGUUCAACGCAUGGUGCCAGCAAAGAACCUCGGAGCAUUCCAGAGAGCAGUGCAAAACUGAAGGAGAAACAAAAGGAUACUGAAGCAGCUUCUACUCAUGUAUCCGAAAGGUCAUCAUCGCUCAAGAUCCGUAACAUUUUGCAGGAUGAGCAAGGGUCUGCAAGAGAAAAUGAGACAGAGAAGCAACAAGAUCAACGGAGCAAAAGCUUGCAACAAGAAACUUCACGUGGCAGCUCAAAGUCUGCGGGCAUGUCAAAGAGGUCUGGCUCAAAGGGAGAGGGAAACACAACAACUUCUGCACUUUCCAAAUUGACAAUGCGACUCAACUUCCUCAAGGAGAGACGGAGUCAGAUCGCAAGCGAGCUCUCAAACAUGGACAAAGGAAAAAGCACAGGGCAACCCAGUCCAUCCUCGGUGCAGGAAACUGAAAGAGGAACAGGGUCGAACCAUAGCCAUAACCAAAACCAAAACCAGCAUUCAGACAGCAACAAACUCCACAGCCAGCAUGUUCUUGACAGAGGAAGAUCUGAGAACGGAGGAGACAGAGGCAGAGGAGGAUCUGGAGGAAACCAACCCAGCACAACACCAAGGACCUUCUCCAGAUAAUCUCUUUAUUAGAGCUGCUUAACCCCAACUCCCACUAAUGUACAGCCACCAUACUUAACUCCAGGUCCAUUUAUAUGCUUAUUCUUCACCCCAACAAAAAAAUUAACAUAUUCAUUCUUUUUAGUCUUUCCCUCAACUACACCUUCUAUUUUGUUUUCUUAACUCUGCGUUUGAUCUGUUAUUUUGGUAGAGACAUUCACUCACAACAGUAAAAGAAACAAAAAAGAAAGAUUUGUAUUCUAA